AUGACACCACCACAGUUUGACACAAUAUUGGGUAUUGUUCGCGAAGACCUGCAGAAGCAGGACACAAACUAUAGGGCGUCCAUUCCCCCUGAAUUCCGACUGUUUGUCACCCUUAGAUAUUUAGCCACAGGAGAUAGCUUAGCAGGUAUAUCUACAAGCUAUAGUAUGGGUCAUACCACGGUUUGGCGCAUUGUUCGAGAGACUACACAGAUUUUGUGGAAUAGGCUCAGCCCUAUAUUUGUGAAGGCACCAACAAGUGAAGACUUUAACUUAAUCGAAAGAGGAUUCAGGGAGCUGUGGAAUUUUCCAAAUUGUGUUGGCGCAGUCGACGGGAAACACGUAGACAUCGAAGCUCCAUACAAAUCUGAGUCGCAGUACUACAAUUAUAAGGGAAGAUUUAGCAUCGUAUUGAUGGCUUCUUGUGAUGCUGACUACCGAUUUACAACGGUUGACGUAGGCGCCUACGGGAGGCAAAGCGAUGCGGGUGUAUUUUCAAUUUCAGCAUUGGGUACCAGAUUGGAAUCAGGCCGGCUUGGAAUUCCGGGACCCAAAUUACUACCUAAUUCUAUAAAACAAUUACCAUGUGCAUUCGUUGGAGAUGAAGCGUUUCCAUUAAAAUGUUACAUGAUGAGGCCGGCUCGUAGAAUUAUUGAAAAUGCGUUCGGGGUGAUGUCGAAGCGCUUCCGAAUAUUCCGACGACCCAUUGUUGCCCAGCCACAGCACGUGGAAAGUAUCAUCAAAGCUUGCAUUGCACUACACAACUUUUUGCGGACUCAAGAUCUCUCGGCGCCGAGCUUAGACCCGUACUGCCCUGCAGGAUUUGUGGAUACUGGGGACGAAGACAACGGCGAAUGGAGACAAGAGGAACACUCAUUGGCGCUUAGAAACCUUACAAGAUUGAGUUCUAAUAUGCACAGCGCUGCAGCAAGAGAGAUGAGAGAUAGUUUUGCGGAAUACUUCGUGAAUGAAGGGGCAGUAGAAUGGCGACGAAACCUUAUUGGAUUGGAUUAA